AUGAUUUGUUAUUUCAAAUUUACCUUUACAUGGAUUUUACUUACACCUCAACUCACAGAUGGCGGAAGUGUCACAUGGUAUGAACCAACUCCGGUUAAGACAACAUCAGAUCAAGCCGAAGUACUCACCCCUGGCAAGUUACAGGUUUAUGAAGGAUCUUCUACCACAUUGAAUUGGAAUUACAGUCUGACGUCAAAUUUACUUUCGGUUCGCAUACAAUUUAAUGGUGUUGGUAUAGUUGCCGUUUCAUCAGAUGGACAAGCUGGUCCUGUUAAUCUUAAUUUUCGGCAACGGAUCAGCAUAAGCUCGACUCCACAAAGCGUUUCUCUGUUGAUCUCUAAAGUGACUACUGCUGACGAUAAGUCAAAUGGAGAAUUUAGCUGUGAGUUGAGGGACUUAAAUGCUGCUAAGUGGAGACGUGCAAUUCAGGUGCAAGUUGUAGCUCCAUUAAAUAUUACUGGGAUAAGAGGUGAACCGACUGUUCUUGAAGGCGAUAACUUGCAGUUAAUCUGCAAAACAUCGAGUGAGAUGGAACCAAACAUCACCUGGACCAAAGAGAAGGUUGGGAACCGAGGGAAUGUUGGUGUGGUGCAAGAAGGAAAGGUGCUGAAUAUACCAAACAUCAGCCGGACUGAUGCAGGAACAUUUACCUGUACAGCAUAUAAUGGCUUUGGUAAACCAGAGAACCAAACAGUUUAUGUGAAUGUUGUUUAUCCAGCUAAGAUUGUUAAAUUUGAGCCUGAGUAUAUUGUUGUUGUACAACAAAGUGUAACUCUUAACUGUGGAGCAGUAGGAAACCCUCCACCUACUUACACUUGGACUCCAUGUAAUGACUUAGAACAAGUUUGUGACAAGAGCACUCUUCAUAUUUCACAAGUCCUUGAUGAUGCCAAGUAUACCUGCGGAGUGGCCAAUGCACAUGGACUUGAUUCAAAAACUGCCAAAGUUUACAUUGGAGGAAAUGUGAUCAACAUAACUAUUGUCAUCACAAGUGAAACAUGUAUAGAUGGAAAAUACAACCAAUCCUUUUUACUGGAGAAAUUUAAAGAACUGCUUGAGGAUGCUUUUGCUGAUAAACUUGGCUAUGAAAGAGUGCAGUUGAUAUGUGUGAGGUGUGGAAGUAUCAUUGUUGACUUUGCACUGAAAUUCAACUCCACUACAAAGGAACAAGAUGUUAUCAUAACCCUUCGAGAUUAUGUGAAAGAUGGAAAGCUGGGAGAGUUCAGUGUUGCUGCCAUAAAAUUGAAAGGACCUGAUGUGGAACCGACAGGCGAAGGUGCCACAUCACCACUUGACCGGUCCUAUGGGCGUAAGUUGCAACUUCCGAGUUGGACGAAAACAGGUACCAUACGUAUUGUUGUUGGUACAGUGUUUGGAUCAGUUGCUGCACUGGCUGUUGCUGGAAUAUUAGUUUGGUGGACUUACAGGAAAAGGAGGCGCAAUACGAAAGGCACUGAAGAGGUGGCGAUGAGCGGAAGAACAUUUGGAAAUUCAAGCAAUGAAACAGGAGGAAAUACUGAUAUACAUAUUGCCGUCGAAUUGCCUGAACCUCCUCAAAGCCAUUAUAUGGCACUGGAGGACAGAACUCGUUCACAAAUGAUGGCAGAUGCCAGUCCACUCAGCAGUGAACAAACCAGCGAGUACGCUUCUCUUGAUCUAUACACACGCUCUUGGGAGACUCCUAGAGAACAUGUGACAAUAAAGCAGAUCAUUGGAAAAGGUGCUUUUGGUCAGGUUGCCAAGGCAAUAGCCGUUAACCUACAAGGAAGAGCCAAGGAGACGAUCGUAGCAGUUAAAAUGUUGAAAGAAAACGCUUCUGAAUCAGAGAGAAAGGAUUUGCUGUCUGAACUUGAAUUAAUGAAACAACUUAAACCUCAUCCUUAUGUUAUCAAACUUCUGGGAUGCGUUACCAAGUCUGAGCCAUUGUUUGUGCUGAUAGAAUAUGUUCCUUUUGGGGAUCUGCUGGGUUACCUGCGAAAGAGCCGUGGAUUCAAUGAUACUUACUACAGAGACCCGGAUAUCAAACCACAAACAAAUCUGACCUCACAGCAGCUGAUGAAGUUUGCUUGGCAAAUCGCAGAUGGAAUGUCCUAUUUGUCAUCGAUAUCCGUUAUUCAUAGAGAUCUUGCAGCUCGUAAUGUGCUAGUUGGAGAGGAGGAAACUUGCAAAGUGACGGACUUUGGAAUGGCCAGAGAUGUGCAAGAGGACAAUAUUUACCAAAGAAAAACUGGGGGGCGUCUCCCUGUAAAAUGGACUGCCAUUGAGGCGCUGCUUUACGGAAAAUAUUCUACCAAGAGUGAUGUGUGGAGUUACGGAGUUCUCCUCUAUGAGAUUUUCACGAUUGGUGGUUCACCGUAUCCAAGGAUAGAUGGAAGAAAAAUUGCAAACUUACUUCAAGAGGGAUACAGAAUGCCUAAACCACAACAUGUGGAUGCUAAGUUGUAUGACUUAAUGACAAAAUGUUGGAAAGACGACCCUAACUUGAGACCAUCUUUUGAGAAGUUGAGAAAAAAACUCAAAGAAAUGGAAAACCAGCACAAGGGGCUGAUAAACUUAAAAAAUUACGAUGAUCGACUCUACGUUAACGUUGACGAUCUUGCCGUGUAA